CUGUGUUUACUUCAUUCCAUUGUCCGUUGCACUUACUGUGCUCCCUGCCUAUUUGGCACUCCACACUCAGAAAACUGGAGUACAGUCCCAAUUUUAGCCUUUUUAGGAGAGAUUUGCACUGUGCUACAAAAUGAGACGCAGAUACAGUCCUCGUGCGGUGUGCAUUAAUUACUCAGUUUGGGUGCACAAGAUCAUAUGCUUGAUUUGCUUUAUUACUGGCUACAGUUGUCAAGAUAUUGCACAGGAAGAAGUCCCACUUCUUUUACGUAAAGGCAUAUUUAUAAUGGAAAGCAGAACGCUCAAUAUGUGUGUUACAUUGGACUCAUUAGGACUUCACAUGAAAGACUGCAAGCUUCUUUCCAAUAAUAUGCUGUGGAAAUGGGGAUCUGGAGGGAUUCUCUUUAAUAUAGGAAACAGCAGCUGCAUGGGACUAAAUAUUACCCCCCCAGAUAGACCAUUAGAGAUGUUUGAAUGUGAUUCAAAGCAUAUAAUGGCUUGGCAAUGUAGCAAUGACAUGUUAAUUGCUGCUGAUCACUACAGAGUUGUUCCUGAAAAUGGGAAAGUCGUAGCUAAGAAGCAAUCAGAACAUAAGUGGCAUCGGUACAUGUCACAUGAUGAAAGUUUUUGUGACCAUUACUCUCAAGAAGUAUACACACUUAGAGGAAAUAGUAUGGGCAGGCCUUGCUCAUUCCCAUUUAAAUUUAACAAUAAAUGGUAUCAUGAAUGUACCCAAGAUGGCAGAGGUGAUAUAUUUCAUUGGUGCUCUACCACAGUGAUUUAUGAACAAGCAUACCGGUGGGGAUUAUGCCCUAGUUCUGACAACAGUAAUGCAUUCUGGGAGGAGAUAAUAGGCACCCAUGCGAGCUAUCAGUUCAAUUUUGGCUCUUUACUAUCCUGGGAGAGAGCACAUUUUUUAUGUCAGGCUCAAGGCGGAGAUCUGCUGAGUAUCUUAAAUGAGGCAGAGCAAGCAAUAAUUUCAGGCUAUAUAAAGAAAUUACAUUUUAAUGGAGAUAUGUUUUGGAUUGGUCUCAACCAGCUAAGUGAAGCUACUGGUUGGCAGUGGUCAGAUGGAGCACCAUUGUCUCUUGUGAACUGGAAAUCAGAAAUGUGGAAAUAUUACCAAACCCAGUGUGAGUCUGAUUGGACACCCUACAACCGUUACUGCUACAAACUCAAUAAGCAAGAGUAUACUUGGGAGGCUGCAUCUGAUUCCUGCCAUGUCAAUGGAAGUGAACUGAUAAGUGUGACCUCGUUGGCACAUGUAGAGUUUGUACUCAGCCUGCUUAAAGAUGAAAAUUCAAGUGAGGCCUGGAUUGGGCUGAGUUCCAAAAAUAGGAGCCCUUCUAUUUUUCAGUGGUCAGAUGGCUCUUCAGUUUCUUUCACUGACUGGCAUAAGCAUGAGCCCAAUGUCACUCAACUACAUGAUGGACUCUGUGUAGCAGCACAAAGAACUGAUGGAAGAUGGAAAGUUAAAAACUGUGCUGAAAAAAUGUAUUUCAUUUGUAAGAAAGAAGGUCAAACUGAUGUGGAGCACAUAAAAAAGGAGCUAUGUAAAGAGGGCUGGGAAAGACAUGGUACCUACUGUUACAAAAUUGAUGAUAUUCCUCGAACAUUUGAACAAGCUUCAAGUGGAUACUACUGUUCUUCUCCAUUAGCAACCAUAAAAAACAGGUUUGAACAAGCAUUUAUUGCAAGCAUGAUCUCUAACAAGAUACAGUCUGAAGACAGCUAUGUAUGGAUAGCCUUACAGGAUCAGAAUAAUACAGGUGAAUACACAUGGAAGAAUAAUGGUACAUAUCAACUACCAGUGACCUUCACAAACUGGAAUAAAUACCAACCUAAACACCAAGGAGGAUGUGUUGCUAUGAGAACUAUAGAUUCUUCUGGUGGUCGCUGGGAAGUAAAAGACUGCAGAAAUUUUAAGGCAAAGUCUUUGUGUAAGAAGGCAAUUGCAACCGUUCAAGACAAGAUAUUUUCUGGUGAAGGAAACAUUCACGGCGUUUGUUCUUUAUGGGAAUCUGAACCAUAUCUUGAUCACUGCUAUAUGGUGUUUCACCAUGAGAAAGUGUUGUUGAAAAGAACUUGGGAGGAAGCUGAAGAAUUUUGCCAAGGUUAUGGAGGGCACCUUGUAAGCUUUGCUCAUAUAGAUGAAGAAAACUUCCUAACUGAGCUCUUGGAAACCAUGUUUCAUCAACAUGAGGACAGACAGUUUUGGAUUGGCUUUAAUAAAAGAAAUCCAUCUUCUGAAGGGUCUUGGGAAUGGUCAGAUGGAGCAGUGGUUGUGUCUCCAUUUUUAAAGGACAUGUCUGAGAUUGAUGGGACAAGAAACUGUGCAGCUUUCAAAGGGAAUAAAACAGUUGUUUCAUUACCAUGUGAUUCAAAACUUGAGUGGAUCUGCAAGACACCAAAAGGUUCGAGGUCAAAGUAUCCAGAAUGGCAUAGUGAAGAUGUUCCAUGGUUUUAUUUUCGUGGAACUAAUUAUUUUUUCUAUGAUAACAAAGCUGAGUGGCCAGUAUUUGAGUUUGUGUGUUCUUGGAUGCGAAGUCAGAUAGUAACUAUACAAUCGCCUGCAGAACAAGCAUUUAUUCAACACAGAAUAAAGAAGUACUCAAGAGAAUAUGAAAACUGGUGGAUUGGAAUAAUGGCCGAAAACGUUCAUGAUGGUUAUGAAAGAUGGAGAGAUGGUUCACCAGUGGUAUACUCGAAUUGGAAAGCAGAGCAAAAAAUUAGUUUCAAUCCCCAAUGCGCCUUCAUUUCUUCGAGGACAGGACAGUGGGGCCUUACAAAUUGUUCUGACUCUCUUCCAUCAAUCUGCAAAACAAAUUCAAUGUGGAAGAUUGAAAAGAAGAAAAAGAUCCAUCAUGUAGAAGAUGACAAAAAUAAGCAUGAGAGCUGCCCAGUUGGCUGGUUAUACUAUGGAUACAAGUGUUUUUUUGUGCAUAAAGUAGAAGAUGAAGAAGGACCAAUGGACUGGGUUUCUGCGUCUGCAUACUGUCAAGCACAUGAGGGGACUCUUGUAAACAUUGAAAGUGAAAUAGAUCAAGCUUUUAUAGUUAUGCAGCUUUUUGGGCAGAAACAUGGCUUCUGGAUACAUUAUACUAUAGAAGAUUAUGUAAAGUGGGAAAAUGGAACUUUUGAAUCUUACUCAAACUGGUCUCGAUAUAAAUUAAUACAGUUUCAAGGAAAUGAAUCAGAUGCAAAUGCUGAACUACAGGAUCAUCAUCUAUGUGCCUUAAUGUCUGCUAACCACAAUUAUCAUCUUACUGGAAAGUGGUUCCUGGAGAACUGUACUCAAGGCUAUGGUUUUGUUUGUGAGAAACCAGGUAGUUCUCCUAGUGUAAUGAAUGGAUCGGACAUAUUUCCUGUGGAUGACAUUUUGCAGUACGGGAACAAGAUGUACAGAAUAAUCUCAGGCAAUAUGACCUGGUUUGAUGCUUAUAGUAACUGCCAGAAAUAUGGGGCUGAUUUGGUCAGCCUAAAUGAUGAGUAUCACCAAGCUUUCCUAACAAUUAUUGUUAAUCGACUGGGCUAUUCCCACUGGAUUGGAUUCUUCAUUUCAGAUAAUGGGCAUAAUUUUGAAUGGAUAGAUGGAAGUAUGCCUUGGUUUACAGCAUGGGAAACUGAGGUAUCUGUAUCAGAUGGCAACUGUGUGUUUAUGGACAUUGAUGGAUACUGGAGAAGAACAGACUGUUACACGUAUUUAGAAGGAGCGGCAUGUCUUAUAUCUAAUAAAACCAAACUCCCAGAUAAUAGUGGCAAAUGUCUAGAAACAUGGAUUUCAUUUCAGAACUACUGCUACAGCAUUUCAACAGUACUAAACCAUACAGAUUUUAAUACAGCACAGAAUGUCUGCGAACAGCAAGGUUCCAGUCUUCUAACAAUUUUAGAUGAAGAUGAGAAUGCCUUCAUCGUAGAAGAGCUGGAAAGCUUUAAUAGUAUCUCAAUGGUUUGGUUAAGCAGAAUCAUAUCACAUAACAGUACCACAGUGUGGUUGGAUGGGACUUUAGUAGAUUAUUCUAACUGGAUUACAAAUGACCUAGAAAAGGAUCAUAUUGGUGACCGGUGCGUUUCAUUAAGAUUAAGUGAUGGUGCCUGGCUGCCUACUAACUGUAAUGAAAGGAGAGGAUUUAUAUGUAAAACCCAUAAAGACUAUAAACAUGAUGAAAUCCAGCCAGUCCCCACCCAAAGAACAAACCAUGCAAUUAUUCCAAUUGCUGUGGUCACAUCAGUGAUGGUGUUUUUCUUGGUUCUGUUUGUUUGGUAUCUGUACAACAAACGCUUCUCCUGCACGAAGACAGAUUUAUUUAAACUGUACUAUGAGCAAUCUAAUACACAAGCCACUGAUGCCGAAGAUAGCAUUCUCAUUACAGGAAUGGAAAGUACAAGUGGAAGUGUAAAGGAACUGAACUAAGAAAUGUGACAAGAGAGCUAUUCAUUUUUAAAAAAAUAAAGGGAUCACUUUAUAUACAUACUGAAUAUCAGAAUAUCUGAAAAAGUAAUAUUAUCAGUUUAAAAGUGCAGUGCAAAAUACAUGUAUUUCACCCAGCAUGCAAAAAAAAAAAAAAAGCAAUUUAUUUGACAAAAUGUGGUAUAAUCCCACACCGAACAUGAGCUAGAUUACAAGUGUCACGCUAUUGUUUGUGCGGAUUGGGAAAACCAAUAUCGUGUCCGCUCAAACUUGAGUGCAUCUUACAAGUUCAAAUAAAAAAAGUGUUAGCUCAAGCUCAAACUAAAUUUGUGCUUGUCAGGUUAGGACGAGUGGAAACCUAGUGUAAAGAGUUAAAAUAAAAUGUGCAUCAAACACAAAAUGAAUACAUUAAAAUAAAGUGUUACACUCAUAUAUACACUAGCUGAUAAAAAUUAUUUGUAUAUAUUUUUUAUAAGGGUUAAAAGGUAUAUGGUAUAUGACAAGGUGUUUGAACGGAAAGGACUAUAAUGUAUAUCUAUAUAUGUCUGAAUAUGUGUAUGUAUA